CACAAACAUCUCGACAAGAACUCUCUGUUCUUUCUUAUCAAAAAAAAAAAGAACUCUCUGUUCUGUUCUUAUUGAUCAAGAAACCUUUUCUUGUCCUUUUGGUUAAGACUUCAAAAGAAAGAUCAAAUCAGAAUCUAAACAUAAUUGACAAAAGAAGAAGAGAUGAACAUUCGCGAUGGUAAUCUUAUUUCGACUACAAAAGAAGAAGAGGGUGUUAUUGGAGUUUCAGGAUCCUCUGCAAAAGUUUCAUCUUCAUCUUCUAUCUCUAUGUGUUCAUCUGAUUUAACAGAGGAUGCUUCUUCUUCUUCUUCUUCUUCUUCUUCUUCUUCAAAUGGGCCUUUCGACGAUCUUUCGGACCUCAUCUCUCAGCUCCCUAUCAUUCAGGUCAAGAAAGGAGGACUUUCAAAGUAUUAUAAAGGCAAAUCUCAAUCAUUCACAUCUCUAGCAAAUGUCACAAGUCUACAGGAUCUUGUGAAGAGAGGAUCAAGAACGAAGUCAUGCUGCAAAAGGGAUUAUUUCUAUGGACCAAAGGCAACAAUCUCCAUGAAAGCCACGAGAACAUCCUCAAAACAUUCAAAUUCAAGAUUAACCUUUAAACCAUUUCAUGAUUCACCCAAAUCAGUUCAAUGACAUGACAAAACAACCUUCUGGGUUCAGUUUAACAUUGUAUUCAUUUGUAUACAAGUUUGCCCCAAGCUAAAUGAGAACAGAGAGAAUUU